AUGGAAUUUGCCCACGUCAACUUGCUCAAUUCGAGCAUUGAUUCAGAAGGUGACGGCGCAGCAAUCAUUGAUUACCUAGAAUGGAAUAUCCAAGAGGAUCCUGCCAUGGAGAGAUGCUCUGUUGAUGAUAUGGCUGGUGACUAUAUCCCUAGCCUUGUCCGUUGGAGACACCCUAUCUUCAUUGAUAAGGAAUCCGUUGAUUCUGUUCUUGCUGGACCGGCACUGGGAACCUGGGACUCGGAGGAUUACCACAACCCAACCGCAUAUGUUAUCGUGAUGCAUACACGGUGGUGGGACUGCCAGGAGGAAGAGGAGGUGGAGGAGCGUCAUUUCACGAUUAAUGGGUGUUAG